AUGGACGUGGACGUGAGUCCCUUUUCGAUCCAACUGAGAAUCUGCUCUUCUUCUGAGCAUCAGCCUGCCAGCUGCUCUCGCAACGUAAAAGCCUCAAGCUGCCCACACUUCAGGAAAGACUGCCAUUCGUUAGCCUACGAGGAGGAAUCUCCGAUCGCGUUCGGGCUGAGGGUCCAGAGCCUGCCUACAUCAGGCCCCUUGCCUCUUUCUCUUCCGACAAACAUCUCGUCGACCGGCAUCUGGACAAGCUCUCCUCAAAGCCCCCCUGCCUCCCCGACCACUGGCACAUCCGUCUUCCCAGUUACGACCUCGGCUCCAACACCUACACUCCCCAAGAACGUUUCCGUAGAGCCCAGAGAGGAGGACACCAGCCUCCCGGCCUCUCACUGGGAACACAAGAACACAGACCCCUCCCCAACAAGCGGGGGGCUGCACUUAACACCCACGCCCUCAGAACACAGCUCAGGCACUCCCAAGGCAAGUGUGCCACCCACAGGGUCGCAGUCCCCCUCUGAGACCCCAGCUCAGUCCCCCGCUGAGUCCCCCACGGAGUCUCCUGCACUCACCUCCCCUCAGGCUGCAGCCUCAUCACCUCCACCCCUGUCAACCUCACCCCCAGAGGCUUCGUCUGCCUCCUCUGCCAGCACCAACCACAGCUCUGCUGAGACCAGCCUCAAGCCCACAGGAGCCCCAGCCACACCAGAGUCCCCAGCAGAAGAGCACAGCUCUGACCACACACCCACUUCGCAUGCCACGGCAGAGCCUGUGCCCACGGAGACGACGCCCCAAGCGACAGUGCCGGCCAAAGUGACCUGUAUGCUGAUCGACGUCGAGACCACUGCCUCCCCCGGGGUGAUCAUGCAGGAAGUGGAGCAUGCUCUAAGUUCAGGCAGCAUCGCCGCCAUUACGGUGACUGUCAUUGCCGUGGUAUUGUUGGUGUUCGGAGUUGCAGCGUAUCUGAAGAUCAGGCAUUCCUCCUACGGAAGGCUUCUGGAUGAUCACGACUACGGAUCCUGGGGAAACUACAACAACCCUCUGUACGACGACUCCUAA